AUGGUGCAAAUCCACAUCUCGUGGACCCCCGAGGAGUACCAACCGCCCCAAAAGCCAUCCUGGUCUGCCAAAAUGGACGAUUUAAUGACAGAGACAAGCGUCACGGACGACCUCUGCUUCACACCAUUGCAUCACGUCGUCAUUGGGCUCGAAAAAGCCGAUGUAUAUCAGCAAUUGAGACUGAACAACAAUUGCAUCAACAUCCCCGACUCAUUAGGCAGGUCGCCUCUGCAUUGGGCAGUUAUUCAGGGAAACACGAGCAUUAUUGCAGCGCUUCUCGAACAUGGAGCGUUCCCAGGUUCUAGGGACAAGGAACAAAUGACUCCCUUGCAUGAAGUGUGUCGGGCACCGCAAUCAAGCCAGGCGGCUUGUGCUCGGCUUCUUAUUGAUUCUGGAGCUGAUGUUGAUGCGAGGGAUUCUUGGGGGAGAACGGCGCUUCGAAUUGCGGUUGGAUUUACCAAUACUAGCCCCGAUCUCAUCGAAAUUCUGCUGGAAGAAGGAGCGGAUGUUAACGACAGCGAUAUCUACGGCCAGACGCCGUUAUUAAAGUCCAUUCGUGCACAAUCAUGCAUCAUGGAACUGCUAUUGAAACAUGGAGCUAGUACUGAAGCAACAGAUAUAUAUGGCAAUACGCCUCUCUCAGAAGCCAUAUACAGAAAUAGUGCCGAGCAACUGAAUCUACUUAUGAAAUACGGCUCAAAGACAAACCAGCUUUUAGAUCUUCAACCGGGGCGUCGUGCUCGUGAGGGCCGUAUCAAUAUCCUGCAUUUUACCGCUUGGUAUGGAGGAAUUGAGGUUAUGCGAGCUCUCGAGAGUAGUGAGCAGUACCUGUGUCGGUCUCCGGAUCCUAUAGAUGACUUUGUGCAAUACAAAGAGGUUAGAUUGGCUCACGGCCUAGGUGUUGGGAAGGAAGAAUACGAGGCGUUUGUUCACUUGUUGUCUACUGUGAAGUACUCGUGUGAAGGUGGUGACGAAGACGAAAAGGAUGACCCUGAAGGAAGCGUCGGUAGUAGUUGCUUUUAG